AUGCCGGCUCCAAAGAAGGGCUCCAAGAAAGCUGAUGGUGGUGGCAAGAACAAGAGCAGUAAAGCUGAAGAAGAGAAACUGAAACGAUUGGAAUGCAUAACGAAUUUAAAACGAGAAUAUUCAGAGAGCUGUAAAAGGCUUGGAGUUGAACCAUUAAAGUCUGUACAGACUGCUAUUGGUGAUGCCCAGCAGUCAGAGUUAUCGUUAAACAAGAUUGUACUAUCGAGGCAGCAGCUUCUGUCACGAGAAUUGGUCGCUAUAACGCAGGCAUUCACUGCAUACAACCAAGUAACGACUUUUUGUCUGUGGAGGAUACCGCUGACGGUUGAUUCGCUAUCCACGAUAACGAAAUUCAUUACGACUCCGGGAUGUACUGUAUCGACGCUUCAUUUGAUGGGAUGUGACUUAGGAUCAGAUUCAGCGCAAUGCUUGAACAGGCUUGCUGCUGAGGCCAAGGAUUUGAAGUUUGUGAAUUUGGAUUAUAAUGUCAAUCUAGGAGGACGUGCAGUCGCAUCAUUCUUUGCAGGCCUCGUACAAGCACGAGACAACUACGACCCCGACGCAACCACAACAAACCAAGCCACCAAAUGCAUAUCGUUAAAAUGGGCUGAUAUAGGUGCAGAAUGUGGCGAAGCCCUCUCACUCGCUCUCGGCGUUGGGUCAUCUCUACUUGAACUUGAUUUAACAGGAAACCCCCUGUCACAUUCCGUAUUCGCACACAUGUCACGAGCACUAUCCAGCAACUCGUCCCUCAAAUCUCUCAGUCUCGCAUCAACAAGCAUACCGCCACCAUACCAAAAAUACAAUGCCUCAACAUACCAGCCGAAUAACGGGAUACUGCCUCAACUACCGAAUGGAGAGAAAAAAGAAAUCAAUCAUUUGAAACUUUUGCUGGGAUCGCUGGCGACUAACACUACACUUGCGACAUUGGAUUUACGUGGAAACGAUAUUGGAUCUGAGGGUGGAGAGACUGUGCUGCAGUUUUUGGUUGAUCGUAAACGAAAUCCGGUUAUGCCAACUAUGGCUGUUAAAGUCACCGAACACAUGUCGUCAGAGGUAUUUAAGGGUAUAAUGGAGUAUGGUGGGAUGUUAUCGGCUUCCAAGAAGAAGGGUGGUGGCAAGAAGGGCAAAAAGAAAUGA